GGUCACCACCCUCACCCAAGCCCCUAAGUUCUCAAGCCCCUUAAUACAUCGUCACUAUGGCCCCCAAGAAGACUCACGAGGACGCCGGCAUCUCGGAGAACGAGGUUCGCGCUCUGCUCAUUGGCAAGGACGGAAACCUGACCCGCGACUUCGAAGCUGUCCUUACGCGGCUCUUCAUCUCGUUCCUGGAGAAGCCCACGGACAAGAGUCUGACACUGGACAAGCUUAAGGACUUCAGCAAGAUCUGUAACGAUGGCAAGCCCUUCUCGGAUGAGGAGAUCAAAGAGAUCCAGACCUACUUCCAGUGCGACGAGAACAAGGGCCUUACGCUCAAGGGUUUCAAGGACAUGUACCACACCCAGUCUAGCGCCGAGCCCAUGGAGACCUGGCGGGACAUGAAGAAGCUCGGCUAUGACAAGGAGCUUCUCGAGAAGCGUGAGGCGGCUCUCCGUUGCCGUGUGUGCAAGGCCCCGUCCACGCUCGUGUGCUCGCGCUGCAAGGCUGUGCGAUACUGCGGUGCUGAUUGCCAAAAGCAGGACUGGAAGGCCUCCCACAAGCAGAAAUGCAAGCCGUCCGCGGUCUAAAGCACAUGUCCAAAGCGCACUCGAGUUGACAACAUCUGCACGAAGUUCAUUCCCCAACUAGCAACUGACGUCAAGCAAAGAGA